AGGCUCCCCCUCCCAUCAAUUUUCACAGCCGAAACCUAAAGACGAGCUCCUGGCCAAACGCUCGGAGGCGAUCUCCCCGGGAAGCUGUGUUACGACUAUCGCCAGCUUUUCUGAAGAGUAACGGCGCAGGAUAACAAUGAUUUCCACGUUCUCCCGUCUUUUUUUGAACCUCCUGACAAACCUAACCGGAUCAUUUGAUACAUUCUGGCUGCGAUGAAGACUGAAAGAGUAACCAUUAGGCCAAAUGAUUUGCCCAGUUUUUGAGGCGCAAGUUAGCAGCACUGGCUAACAUUUCUAUACAUAGCCUGUGAUUCCUGUCCGUCUUGCAGCCAAGCUGGCACUUUCGUAAAUGCCGCGUCCUCUUGCUUUGUGAUUUUUAAAAAAAACCGGCGUUAAUGUCUCUUUUGCAUCAUACAGCGAUGGGACUCCGUAAUCUUUCAAGAACAUCGAUGAUAUAGGAAACACUGGGAAAGAAAAGUCUACAGUAGUUUUUGGUGGUAAUAUGGGAGUGUGAAAGGAGGGGAAUGCUUCUGCUGAUGAUCGCAGUCACUACCUUGCUCAAGAAAUAAUUUCUUAAAGAAACUAGGAUUUCAAACGAAUAAACGCAUAUCCACCUUAAGGAUCAAGACAUUUCCAUGACGGAUUAAUGAGCUUUCGUUGGUUGUUGGAAGAUCGCUGGAGUUUUUCCCCCCAAAACAUAAUUAAAGGCCCUUUGGAUUGGUGUCAAAUCUAUGCUUUCGUAUUCAUUCCGUCAAGCUUUUCCGCGGAAAGACUUCUCAACGCUAAAUUCAAACAUUCAGCCAGCCAGCUUGUGUAUUUGCUAUUUAUAUACUAAAAUAAGAGCUACGCUAGUUUACUCGAAAGCCACAAGAAAAAAAAACGUUACAUUCUAUCGGAAUACAGCGAAUUGUACUGUAAGUUAUUAGUCUGGGCGGACGGAGAGUAUCAGCAACCUUUACAUUAUUGCAUUUCAUAACGCUUUGACAAUUGCUUUUUUUCGUUGUUAGAGUGUUGCUACUGAAGGAAAAAUAUCAAAACGUCGACAUUACAAGCUGAAGAGCCGCAAAGAGCCGUUUAAAUUGAAAACGGACGCCGGUCUAAACGGCAACCUCAGCAAAAUAAAUGAAACUGGCUCUUUCUAAGCGAAGCGGUAUGAAUCAUCUUUCUUCCCCCGUCGUUUAUUCGGACACACUCAGCCGAUGAGGGAGACCAACGGCUGGGGGGAAAAGGGCGAGAAAAGGAAAAGUUUCUGAGCGGAGGAGCCGGAGAGAAGACGCCGUAAUGGCAGUUACCGGGCGAGUGUGGCUGCUGCUGCUGGGGCUCUGCGCCGCGCCGCCGCCGCCGCCUCCGGCCGCUGCUGCGGAGGCCGAGGAUCGAGUUUGUGCCUUCUACGACCACCUGCAGAAGCCAGGCGAGCAGCAUAUGGUUGGCGAGGGCCACGCUUCACAGAGGAAUGCCACCGUCCACUGUGCCCACGGCAGCCACUGCUACGGCAUGUGGGAGAAGACCAGCAACGGGGAAGUCUCGCUGGUCAAGCAAGGCUGCUGGACUAACUUUGGUGACCAGCAGGAGUGCCACGAGAACCGCUGUGUGAUCUCAACCACGCAGAUCCAGAACGGCACCUACCGCUUCUGCUGCUGCAGCUCUAAUAUGUGCAACCUGAACUUCACGGAGGACUUCGCCACGUCUGCCCCAGAUGGAGAUGAGUGGGUGGAGGAAGGAGCAGGAGGAGUGACGAAGGGGGGCCCUCUUUCCCAGGCUGCUGAGAGGGAUGAGCUGCAGUGUGCCUUCUACAACCAGCAGCCGAAGCCAGACUGGGUGGGGCAUGUCUCACAGGAGAACACCACAAUCCACUGCCCGUACGGCAAAAGCUGCUACGGCAUGUGGCAGAAGGGCCAGCAGGGGGACAUCCAGCUGGUCGAGCAAGGUUGCUGGACUCCCAUCAAUAAUCAGCAGAAGUGCCAUGGCGACCGUUGCAUGGUUACAGCAGCAUCUUCAAAGAUAAACAGUGGCAUGCUGUUUUGCUGCUGCAGCACCAGUAUGUGCAACCUGAAUUUUACAGACCUCUCCCAGCCUGCCGCUGUCAACACCCAGCUGAUCCCCGCUCCGAAUGAGGAGCGUGAGUGUGCCUUCUACGACCACCAGCAGCAGCUGGACGAGCAGCAUGUGGACGGCGUGGGCCACGUCUUGCGGGAGAACACCACGGUGCGCUGUGUCCAGGAGAGCCGCUGCUACGGCCUCUGGGAGAAAGCGCAUGACGGAGGCAUCCGGCUGGUCAAGCAAGGUUGCUGGGCUCACGUUAGUGACCAGCAGGAUUGCCAUGAUGACCGCUGCGUGGUUACAACAACGCCCCUGCUGAUCCAGAACGGCACGUACCGCUUCUGCUGCUGCAGCUCCAAUAUGUGCAACCUCAACUUCACAGAGGACUUCCCUCUCUUUGGGCCCACCAGCACCCAGCCUCUAUACCCACAGCCACUAUACCGGGAGGAGGCCAUUGUCAUUGCCUUGGCAGCCGUUUCCUUGGUAGCGGUCCUCAUUGUUGCCAUCAUCCUCGGCUUCCGUGUUUUGACCGGAAGUCGCAAACAGGGCCUCCACAACCUGGACAAGAUGGAGGCAGCCGCCUCUGAGCCUUCACUUGACCUGGACAGCCUGAAGCUUUUGGAGCUGAUUGGCCGUGGACGUUAUGGCUCUGUGUACAAGGGGUCCCUGGACGAGCGCCCCGUGGCGGUCAAGGUCUUCAACUACACCAACAGACAGAAUUUUGUGAACGAGCGUGCCAUCUACAGAGUGCUCAGUCAGGAGCAUGACAACAUAGCGCGCUUUAUCAUUGGGGAUGAGCGCAUGACAGCCGACGGACGCAUGGAGUACUUCCUGGUGAUGGAGUACUACCCACAUGGGUCCCUGAGCCAGUACCUGAGUCUGCACACUGGGGACUGGGUCAGCUGCUGCCGCCUGGCCCACUCUGUAACCCGAGGGCUGGCCUACCUGCACACAGAGCUCAUGCCAGGAGACACCUACAAGCCGGCAGUGUCCCAUCGGGACCUGAAUAGCCGCAAUGUCCUGGUGAAGAAUGAUGGCACCUGUGUGAUCAGUGACUUUGGCCUGUCCAUGAAGCUCACGGGAAACAGGCUGACGCGGCCCGGGGAAGAAGAGAACGCCGCCAUCAGUGAGGUGGGCACGAUCCGCUACAUGGCCCCCGAGGUGUUAGAAGGUGCAGUGAAUCUGCGGGACUGUGAAUCUGCCCUCAAACAAGUGGACAUGUAUGCUCUUGGGCUCAUCUACUGGGAGAUCUUCAUGCGUUGCGUCGACCUCUUUCCAGGAGAAGCUGUGCCAGACUAUCAGAUGGCCUUCCAGGCAGAGGCAGGGAACCACCCUUCCUUUGAGGACAUGCAGGUGCUGGUGUCCAGGGAGAAGCAGAGGCCCAAGUUCCCUGAAGCCUGGAAAGAGAACAGUCUAGCCGUGCGCUCCCUAAAGGAGACCGUCGAGGACUGCUGGGACCAGGAUGCAGAAGCGAGGCUCACUGCCCAGUGCGCCGAGGAGCGUAUGGCGGAGCUUCUCGUUAUAUGGGACCGUAACAAGUCUGUCAGUCCCACUGUCAACCCCAUGAGCACUGCUGUGCAGAACGAGAGAAACUUGUCCCACAGUCGCAGGGUUGCAAAGAUGGGGCCUUAUCCUGACUUCUCAACCUCCUCAUACAUUGAGGACCAUGAAACCAUGGUGAAGAACCUACCAAGUGACCUCUCAAAUUCAGGCACCUGCUCUGUUAAUGGACUGGGCAGCAUCAGCAAUGGGAUGUCUGGUGGAGGAGAGAAGAACCGGAACUCCAUCAAUUACGAGCGUCAACAAGCCCAGGCCCGGCUGCCGAGCCCAGAGACUGGUGGACCCAGCCUGUCCACCACCUCAACCACCUCCACUACCACCACUACCACUGCUACUACCACUGGUUUGAUGUCUGGCACAACCAUGGCAACCAUUUCUGAGUCAGACUGCCCUGAUAAUGGACCAGCCAAUGGGAUGCCUGUUUGUCUGCAGCUGACAGAGGAGGACCUAGAGACAACUAAGCUAGAUCCUAAGGAAGUGGACAAGAACCUGAAAGAGAGUUCUGACGAGAACCUGAUGGAGCACUCUCAAAAGCAAUUCAGUGCUCCAGACCCACUCAGCUCUGGCAGCUCCAAUUUGCUGUACCCUCUCAUUAAGCUGGCUGCUGAGGUCUCAGGGGCCAAUGGGACUGGAGGACUGGUACAGGCUGACCCAGCAGUACCCGCCGGCAUAGCCUGUGACCCCCCUGCAGCUGUGUUUCCCUUGCCUAAGCAGCAGAAUCUGCCUAAACGACCCAGCAGCCUGCCGCUCAACACCAAAAACCCAGCCAAGGACUCCUCCUUGCGCCUCAGGUUUAGCAAACUCGGCAAGUCCAACCUGAAGCAAGUGGAGACAGGUGUGGCCAAGAUAAACACCAGCAGUGGUGCUGAGCCGCACCUGGUCAUGGUCACCAACCACGGGCAGGGAAGUCGGGGGACAGGGAAUGGAUACGCGGGCCUGUCGUCUUCCAGGGGCACUCAGUACGGCAACGUGAACCCAGCUGGUCCCCAGGUGGAUGGGACUGCCCCACUGCUGCAGACCCAGCUCAGUGGCGAGGACAACCGCCUCAACAUCAACUGCAGCCCUGAUGAGCACGAGCCCCUGCUGAGGGGGGAGCAGCCCGCUGCCAGAGAGCGGCAGCACGCCAGUCGCCCCAACACCAACAACAACAACAGCAACGGCAAUGGCCAGGACGACGUGGGUAGCGGAAGGUCCUGUCCCACUGAGGAGGCUCCUGCAGCCCCACAAGCUGAAGCCCAUGCCUCCGUUCCUCUCCCAGACCCUACUCCAGCACCCACAGAAUCCCAAGAAAAGCCUGUACUGCGACCUCCCAAACCCAGGAGACCAGAACGGCCCAACUCCCUGGACCUGUCUGUUACCACCCUGGGAUGCUCAUCUGCCUUUGGUGAAGGAACCUUGCAGGAUGAAAAGGCAGGAUCUGGUGAGAAGAUUAAGAGACGAGUGAAGACUCCUUACUCUCUGAAGGGCUGGCGCCCCUCCACCUGGGUCAUCUCCACCGGCAGCCUGGAUGCCGAGGUCAACAACAACCACAGGAGCAUGUCCUUUAGAGAGAGCCAGCCACGGUCAACCGGAGGCCGGCCCAAACUCAGCACCGCUCUUGUGCCACAGGGAGCAGGUACCUCUGCCCCCACCCUGACCUCUGAGCCCCACAACAUCACCUACUUGUAAAUCAUGACCUUCAGCAAAGGACAGAUGUAACAGGAGCAGUUUUAUUCACACCACGUUUUAUUGUCCUACUAUUUGAGGAGAAUUCCACAAAAGAACCCAGAUAAAAUGAGGGCUUAGUUUGGGAUUUUCACUAUUCAACUUUAAAAAUGUAAAGAAAUUGCUUUAAAAAGUACCCUUCUAUGCAGUAGUAUUGGAUGUGUUAUUUUCAGUAUAUGUAUCUGUAUUUCUAAUUUUUUGCACAUUGUAAGAAGCUUAAUCACAUUUUGUCUUUGCCUUGUAAGCAUGCAAAAUACUGAAAAAUAGUGGUCUUAAAAUAUAAUUUAUAUAUAUAUAUAUAUAUAUAUAUAUAUAUAUAUAUAUAUAUAUAUACACACACACAAUCCAUGGACUGCUCAUGUACUCAUGUAAAUUGAUGUUUGUCCAUUUUUUUUUUUUUUUUUAAAGUGGUCGACAAGGUUGUGCCCAUAAAUAUUUUAUGCAAUGUACAUACAUAUAUUUGUUCCUGCUGUUGUCCUUCAUUAUGUAUCAUAUGUAAUCAUGUGCAAUGCACUUAAGCUUUAAGGUGCUGGUAUUUAACAAUGCUCUGUAUUUUUCCCUGUAUUUUUGUCAUUGUGAGUAAUGCACUUAUGCCCCUUUGCAGCCCUGUAUGUUUUCAUCCACUCCCCCUCAUGGGUAGAACACCUUGUUUGCUCACUAAAAAAGGGUCAAAAUCCAAGGGAUAAAAAAAUCCUGGAUAGUAAUAUGUGUUUGUUCAAUUGGAUAAAUGAAAGCAGUCCUGUCUUUAAAAAUGGCUUUAAAGCACUAUUGAAACCUAGAUGAAGGUUCUGUUACACAAUAAGCAGUUUCUUUUGCAAUCUGUCUUUACAAUCCAAUUCAGCCGUUCAAUUCAAUAGAUGAUCGGUAUGGAAACUUCUCAGCGUCCUUGUUUUCUGUGCUGGAACCUUGGUGCCUUGCGCUGUCAGAGCCUGACAUUGUAUUUAUGCUGUAAGCAAAUGUCCAUUUGGGUGCAUGGAAGCCGCAACCCUUCUGUUACAGACCAAUGAACUGCUGGUAGAGGAUGGAGCAUGUUAACAAAGUCACAUGACACGCGGGUGGAUGUUAACAAAGUCACAUGACACGCGGGUGGAUGUUAACAAAGUCACAUGACACGCGGGUGGAUGUUAACAAAGUCACAUGACACGCGGGUGGAUACAGGACCGGAUUCAGCUACGGUUGCUUUUCUGUAAUCCGUCGUUAUUUCAUUUUACAGUAUGUGGAUAGCUAUGUUGACUUACUUGCCUUUGAAUUCCAUAUGCUCAUAGAUAACACAGCAAACUCUUCUCACUUUUAAUCUCUUCUGCCUGUAUAAUUCUAAAGCUUCAGUGUUUCUGAAGUUUUUUUUUUCUUUUAAAAGCAAUGCAUGCUAUGGAGUGAGGUUCAAAUCUGUUAUUAAUUUAAUUCUUACAACUUCUCCCCCUCAUGUGACAUUUUGGAAAACCAGCAAGGCAGAUGUGAUUUGUUGGAAUGGUCCCAGUCCAAGAUGGUCUCUGUGCUGUUGGUUCACUUCAGUCAAUAACAAUUCUCAGAGCACCAAAAAUGCAGGGAUGUUUUGUAAUGUUGUUUCCGUAAUGUGUACGAUUUUUCUUGUGCUGUACAAUUAUGCCAUUUCCCUUUUUACUUUUUCACAAAUCUUUUUUUUUUUAACAUUUAAGUGGAAUGAGCAGUCGCUGCUUAUUGUUUUGGUUUCACCUUUGACACUGAAAAUAUAAAACUGCGUGAUGUGUUCAUGUCAAGGUUUUAUAGAGGCUCUAGUUUCUUUCAUAAAUAUUACCAUUUCUGUUUUUAAUCUAAAUUUUACUACACAAAUGAUAGAUAAUGCCCCCUGUUGCAUAAUCACAGAAUUGCAAAUGACAACAUAUUCUGUAUGUAACUGGCCUGUAGUUUAAAAUCUUAGUUCAUCUCCUCCAAGUACAAUUAACCAUUCUAUUAAUCAUACCAGGUAGAUAAUUAUGACCUGUGUACACUUUGCACAAGAGGAAAGGACUUUACUCAGUUAAUGGACCAGGUUAUCUGUUGCCCCCAGACAUGAAAUGUUUAGUUUCUGACCCUUCUUUUUUGCCCAUUUAUUAGUGCACAAACCUCAUGACUGUAUUUGUGUAAUAUAGGUUCAUCACUUUAUAUAAAUAGGCUUGUAUAUAAUGCCUAAUAUGUUCUGUCCUACUCAGACACCCUUUCGGAGACUUUGAAGAUUGUUUUGGGACCAGUAAGUACAGCAGCAUCAUAUUGCUUUUAUGAAAGUUCUGCCUGAAAAUCUUCUGUAUGACAUUACUUCAUGCUUUUUAAGGGAAAAAUUCCAGUGACCUUCUAUUAGACAAACAACGGUAAGAUGGAUGGAAAGGAAAAUAUGCUAUUUUAAAUAAAGAAGAACUUUAUAGAAAGAACUGCUAAUACACUAAUAUAAAUUAAUAUUUUAUUUGUAUAAAAGUGGCUGUGUGUCAACUGAAGUAAAUGUAUAAUAACA